AUGGACAAGAGUUGGAUAACAAAGGACAGACUUUCAAAAGAGUAUGAAGCGGGAGUUGACAAUUUUAUUAAGUUAGCCUUAGAAAAUACGACGGAUCCUUCCAGAGUUCAUUGUCCUUGUAGAAAAUGUUCAAAUUUGAAAAAAAUGGAUAUAAUGGAGAUAAAGAGUCAUCUAUACUUUAACGGAAUGGACCAAACAUAUGUCAAGUGGAUUUGGCAUGGAGAAGAAGAUGACUCUAAUAAUAAUGUUCCCAAUGAAAGAAAACAAUUUGAUCAAGUAUUUGAUGACCCUGUAGAGAUGGUGAGAGAUGCAGAUGAACGUUUUGUUGAUAAACCUAAAGAAUUUUUGAAAUUCUUAGAAGAUGCACAGAAACCAAUAUUCUCGGGGGCACCUUUGUCAAAAUUAGUUGUUUUAGUAAAACUAUACAACUUGAAAGCUGGUAGUGGUUGGAGUGACACAAGUUUCACAAAGUUAUUAACUUUAUUAAAAGAAAUUUUACCAAAAGACAAUGAAUUGCCUUCCUCGCUUUAUGAAGCGAAAAAAACAUUGUGCACAUUGGGAAUGGAGUAUAGCAAGAUUCAUGCUUGUCCAAAUGAUUGUGUUCUAUAUCGAAAUCAAUAUGAGAGUGCAACUGAGUGUCCCGUAUGUAAAACAUAUAGAUGGAAAAAAAAUAAGAACAACAAAGAAUGUAAGAAAGGGAUUCCAGCAAAAGUAUUGUGGUAUUUGCCACCAAUACCUAGGUUUAUACGUUUGUUUCGAAACCCCGAACAUGCUGAAAGUUUGCGAUGA